AUGCAAGACCUCGACCAUACCGCUCCUAGUGCACUGAAGGUGCAUCCAUUCUUCAAGAGCGUCAAAGCCCGCUAUUGGCAUAAUACCCAUGCAUUCUUCAAGUAUUGUGAUCUCUCCAAGCCGUCAGAACAGCACUUUACAACUUACACUAAGGGCCUCACGACAAUCAGUAAUGCCAAUAAUGUGUCUGAAAGCCUGAGAAGUCGUGCCGAUAAUGUUCUACAAAAGGCCUCAAAAGACCCCUUCACGCAAGCCUUCGAGGAAUAUAUAAAUAAAAAAAAUGCAUCAGACGCCAAACGCAAAAUAUCUUCGACAAUUUUAAAAGUAGUGAAAAGCGGAGCAAGUGAUGCUGAGAAGAUCGUAGAGCUAUCCAGCGUGAGCCAUAAAAAGAAGCGUCUGGACAUUUGUCUAGAUUCGGAAUCUAUUGUGGAGAGAGAAAGCAGCGUUUCUAUGGAGGCAUCAUCAUCAUCAUGGACAGCGAAAUCAUUACUAGCAAAAGGUAAAUCAUCAUUAACUAGUGCCCCCCCAGUCUUAGAUAACCAACUCGAUGAUCAACAAACGGAGUACAUACUGCCUUCUAAGGAUUUCGAAGGUUUCCAGGACCAUGAUUUAGCAGAAAAUUGGCCUGCGUGUUCUCGAACAGGUCCCCCACCAAGUCCAAAAAAGUCAAAAUCGUUUCCAAUCUCUAUGAAGAAGCGACGCCAAUCUGUCUCCACCACAAGUUCUGAACCAGCCACACCUAAACUAAAGCUUAGAGAGCCCUGGCACAGUUUAGUUGAUUUAGCGAUUCUUAUGUACACAGACUGGGACGUGGAAUUACCCUCAAUUGACCUCGACCAAUCAGUUUUGGAUGAAAUUGGCAGCAAGAACAAAGAAAUCUUGUAUCGCAUUGGAUUGAGGAACCUUCAUCAGGCGCAACUUCUGCACAAGCUCAAGUCCCUUGACAAAAAUCACUGUCUUCCUUACAAGGAUGCUUUUGUGGCAUUAUCUGGAAUAUGGAACUUAUAUUCAACAGAUGCAAACAACUCAUUCGGUUCCGAGAAACUGAAAGCAGCUCAAGGUCUCUGUUUGUUACCAGGUUUGGAGGAGAGGACACAAGGUAUUGAUGAGAUUGUCCAGAGGCUCUUGGGCAAAGUUGAGGAAGGAUCCUCAGUGCAGGAUCUUCUAAAUUACACAUAUGCCUUGCAAUGUGAAUAUCCGGAACAGAGGCGGAGGAUCAACGUACUCCAACAUCUUUUCUCUCAUGCAAUCAGGCCUCUGACCGGAAACAAGAAGCCUUCGGAAGGAGAUGUCAUGUUGCUUUGGGGAUGUAUUUUCAAGGAUGGCUUGCCUUUGGAUACCCAAUUAUGUCUUCAUUUGGGCGAGCAAGGCUGUGCUGCGACAACGUUGUCCAAGUCUAUGCUUGCGGAGGCCUUCAACACAGGCUGUAACACACGGAAGUGUGAUUGUCUCCUGACUGUGGAUGGCAUGGAGGUUGGGAACUUUGAGGCAAAGCGUGGAAGCUGCGGCCCGAUUGACGUGGCAGUUCAGCUUCGCAAAAAUGCAAAGAUAAAUAAGAGCAUUUUGCUGGAGCUGGAAAAGCACGGUAUUGGAUGCCCUCCACUAUUGAAUAUACAAGGGACAACUGCGACGGUGAUCAAGAUUAUCAAAUACGAAGAUAUUUGGGUGGUUGGGAAGGCAUGUUCACCUCUUGUAUUGCCAGUAGCCAGCGAGGACAUCCAGUUUUUCCUGCAGCAUGGUGUUUUUGUUCUGUUCAACCUUCUGGACGAGUACCAUGCGUACGCACAGAAGGCAUACGCUGCGAAGCGGCUAUAUGAAUAUAACAAUCGUGUCAUGGUAGAGGACAUAGCUGUCGGUGUUGAUCUGAAAUCUCCAAUGAUGGUGUUGGAGUGGGAAAGAGUGGUCUUUCACUCACCUACUAAACCUCGGACAAGAAAGUCAUCAUUACUUCAGGAGCUAGCUGCUGCUCAGGAUGAGUCGGAUAAAGAGGAAGAGACAAAAAUGAAUUUCAGCGAUAAUAUCAGUAAUGCUUACACUGCUUCUAACGUCCUUACGGACGGCAACCUCGGUCCAUCAACCUUGGAGGACAACCCCACUCCACCACCUACCCCGUCCAGCAACCCUUUCUCCCCUGAAAUCCAACAAAUGCUCUCUCCUGAAAUCCUCCAGGCUAUCAGCGGUCCUCCAGGCCUGCCAUCCCGAGAUCCAUAUUUACUCAAGGCAAGAGCUUUUUAUAUCGCUUCCUUGGCUAAUAACUCCACGAUCUCUUGCUCUAUCGUCUUCAUUUCUUCCUUGGAGCGCUGUUAUGUGUGGCUGUGUUGCUGGUGA